AUGGAGAAAAAAAUUUUUGUUGCGUUUGUGACUAGCGAUUGUAAAAUACUAAAGCUUAAAAAUGACGUAAAUAAAGAAGAACAGCUUAAAAAAACUAUAGAGAGCUUGGAAAGUCAGAUCAUAACAGUUUCACCUACAGAAUCAACAGUUAAAGUUGAUUGCUUAGAAGAUGUUAACAAGCCGACUUUGGAUAUGUUUUUUGGCGGUCCUGGCGCAACAGAGUUCGAAAAAUUAGUAAUGUCUCAAGUCUCUGAUGAACCAAUAGUAGAGGAAUUAAUUGUACCCAAAACAGCAUAUGUUUGUCAACCUAAAGAAACUGCUAUACCGACUAUACCUAUUCCAGAAGACUUGGGUGACGACUGGGGUGAUAGUUGGGCCAAUAAUGAAGCAACUGCGGAGGCGGCGCAUUUCCUUGCCAAAACUGACACAAGUCCCCACAAUGUAACUUCAUUGGUGUCACAUGAGCAACGAUUAGAAAUACAAUUACAGGAUGCUACUGAGCAAAUACAGCAUUUAAAACUUGUACUUGAGAGCUCUGAGCAACAGAAGCAAGAAUUACAAGCUAAGUCGAAUAAAUUAAUUAAAAAACUUAAAGAAUAUAAAAUUAAAAUGGACGAGGUACAGCAAUCACAAACCGCAAAUGUCUUUAGAAAGUCAACGUCAGUUGAUUCAAAUUCAAUGUUCAAUGACUUGGAUGCAGCAAUACAAGAAGAAUUAAGGAAUCAAAUAACAAAGCUGGAGUCGAGACUUGAGGAGCAGCACAAAGUCCUAGAAGGCAAUGCAAUUGAAAAAGAUAAGCUAUUAAAACGGAUAGACGUACUAACUGCAGGCACUGAUCGUAUGUCUGAAAUGAAGGAACGUCAAGAUAUGGACUUGCAAAUGUACCAAAUUCGAAUAAGAGAACUACAAGAACAAUUGAAUAAGUUAGAAGAAUGGGGCGAUGACACCGCAAAAGCUGACAAACCUUUAGAAAGUAAAAUACCAUCAGGUGUUGAAAUCAUCGAUAAUCCAAAUGUCUCAUCUAUUGAUUUUGAGGCUGUAAAACUUGAAAUGAAGCAGAAAAUUGAAAAACUCACAGUAGAAAUUGAGGACAUUACCGGCGACAAAAUGGAAGUGGCAGCAUUGUUGGAAGAAGAGAAGCUAAAUGUAGUCCGAGCUGAAGAAACCAUACGUCUGCUACAACAACAACUUUCUACAUUGGAGAAUGCAAAUGUCGGCAAAGAAGUUUUACAAAUUUCCCAAUACAAUGAUUUAAAAUUGUUACAUCAAGAUGUGCAGAAAAAGUAUAACAGUUUAGUUGAAGACAACUCCAAGCUAAAAGAAGAAUUGGUCCAAAUAAAUGACCAACAUCGAAACCUCUCAAGUACUUUGCUGCAGAAAGAAAAUAUCAUACACGGGUUGAGUAACAAAAUUGAAAAUUUGGAACAAACAAUAAAACAGAGCGAUGCGGAUAAAAAUAAUUUGGAAACUCGAUUAACUGACUUAAACAAACAACUCGAAGAACUUACGGUCGAGAAACAAUUGCUAAGUAAUCAAAUUUUGGAACUACAAAAGGAAAACAUUGCCCUGCAAUUAGCCGGUAAUAACGGUAGUAGUACGGAAUUUAAUAACAACGAUGAACUCACAGUGCAGCUGCAAGAGAAGGAUUCGGAAAUUUUGCAUUUAAGACAACGCAUUGAAGACCUUAUGCGCGAAGAUCAGACAGAAAAGCUCGUUUUAGAAAUUUUGACGAAAAACCAAGAAAUUCAAUUGCUUAAAACACAAGUAAAGCAAUUGGAAGAAGAAAGGAUUGAAAUGGAAAACAAUUUGUCACUACAAAUAACACAGGGAAUGCAGGCGAGCAAACAUAAUGAAGAAGAGGUUAAAAUGAGAGAGGAGAUUCUGAUGCUUAGGUCAAAAAUAGAAACAGUUGAAGAGGAGAAAUGUAAUAUGGAAGAGGAGUUGAAGGUGUUGAAUAAUCAUGUUAUGAUGAGUUUGGAACAGGAAGAUAAAACAAAAGCGGCCCUAUUAGAGAUGGACUUAAAAGAAAUCGAAAUAAAAGAGCUCAGAAAGACGAUAGCUGCUAUUACCAAAGCUGAGAGUGAAGUUUCAGCAGGAAAUGCCAAAAGUAAUGAAGUUGACUUUAUUGCUUUGAAUGCACAAUGGGAAGCCGUUGUUGAACAGAGGUGUAGUGAAAUAGCACAAAUGUGGCGCGAGCACAUGGAAAAAAGGGAAGAAGAAUUUAGAAUUAUAGAAGUACGUUUACAAGAAGAAAUUGCAGAGCUCCAAGAUACUCAGAGUGUGUCAAAGUUACCAAAACAGCAAAGCUUAUCUACUGAGACUACAGUAAGUGAUUCAACUAGUGUUUCCGCUAGUUCUUCGGCAGCACCCUCAAAGGAAGGAACACCAUUACGCAACCGUAUAAUAAGUGACGAAAGUGUUACCGUCAAUGGUAAUAUAAUUGAAAAAAUGCAAACGGCCUUAGAAAGUCAAGAAAUGGAAAUCGUAACUCUUAAAGAGCAAUUGGCAAUUAGAUCUGCUGAAUAUGCUCGCCUUGCAGCUCAGUAUGAUCCUUUCAAAUUACAAACAACUUUAUCACACAGCGGAAUGUCGACAAUAACAAAUACGCCCACUGCAGAUUCAACAAUCGCGCGACGUGGAGUAAGUGACGCUUCUUUAGUUCCAAAAUCAGAGUUAGAUUUUGCGCUGUAUAUGCUUCACCAGAGAGAUGUGCGGUGUGAUGAGAUGACUUUAGAGGUUGUGUCAUUACUUGAAGAACGUGAUACAUUGCAAUUGAAACUCUCAAAUACUCUACGACAACUUGAAGAAAUUAAAGCCCAAACAAGUGCAACAGACGCUAACACAACUCAGAUGGACUCAACAGCACUUCUGUCUAGUGAAAGUCCAGUGAAAUUUGCAGUCACAAGCCCGAUUGUAACAGAUUCAGUCAACAACCUAAAUCAAAAAUUAUCCGAACUACAGACAGUUAGCCAUUCCAAAGACAAGGUAAUUAAAGAGGACCGUGAUCAACGCAUCAGACAAAUGGAGAGAAUUCAACAAGACCUUGCUAAAAUUCCACCUGCAGCUGUUUCUGAAUUAGUUGGAACUGACUUAUCUCAAUCGAGUCAGUCUCCUUCAUCGGUGCUUCUUAACUGGCUGUGGGGAAACAACCCAAACAAUAAUGCAGGCGCAACUUCUAAUUAGAUAAAAUGAAAAAUUUAAAUUUAAUAAACUCACUUCGAUAUUUAAGAUAUUUACCGAUAUCCUGACAAUUGUGUUAAAAUUAGAUAUUAAAUAGAUUAUUAAAUUUAAAAAAAUGUCUAGUUUCUCCAAAAGUCCCAAUGAAGAAUUCCAAGAAAUAUAUUAAGUGUGUGGAGUACCUAAGCAGCAAAUUAUAAAUUUUUAGUGUGUAAUAAGCGAAUAAGUGUAUAUUAUAUAUUUUCGAUUCAACAAUUUAUUGAU